CUCAGUUUUCUUGGUGCCUCCAGAAGUCACAGAGGUAAUAAAUGAACGAUAGUUUGCUGUGUUGUCAAAUUUGUGAUUUAAUAAUAGAAGCUUGCAGAAAAAACCUGUCUCAAGUAAAUUUAGUAUAGUUUCUGAACAAAACUUGUCAAACACGAAGUGUAUACAGCGUACCAAAAGAUUGUGGAGUGCGUAGAAAGUGUGUGAGAUCAUCAACCGGUGAAGGAAAAUUGGAAAACCCAAGACGAAAGAUUCUGCAUUUCAUAUAUCCGACGCGAACACGGCUACCACAAAACGGCUCACGGCAGCGGCGGCGCUAGCGGUGACGGUGUCGGCGUAUCCAGACGACAUGCGGUUGUCAACAAUUAUGCAGCAACAACAACAACCAUAAGACAAACUACGUACGAACGUUAGUCAUAAGCUAAAGCAAAGAAGUCAACUGCGCGGCACAAAAAAUACACCUUGAUAAGUAUUAGAAAGGUUGUUGCAAAACGACAUCAAGGAAUACGACACCACCACCACCAGCACAUACGACCCCUCGACAUGUCCGAUGCGACACUGUCUUUGUCUGGCUCGCAAAAGCCGGAUAGCAAUGAAGAUGGUGGCGCUCGCGAAUUCGUUGAAGGUUGGACACUUGCGCAAACACUUGGCGAGGGCGCCUAUGGCGAAGUUAAAUUGUUGAUUAAUCGUCAAACCGGCGAGGCUGUUGCUAUGAAAAUGGUCGAUUUGAAAAAGCAUCCGGAUGCGAUGCUCUCCGUACGCAAAGAAGUUUGUAUUCAAAAGCUGCUGCAGGACAAACAUAUUCUACGCUAUUUCGGCAAACGUUCGCACGACGGUGUGGAAUAUUUGUUUUUGGAAUAUGCAGCCGGUGGUGAAUUGUUUGACAGAAUUGAACCCGAUGGCGGCAUGCCACAACACGAAGCUCAAAGAUACUUUCUCCAACUACUCUCCGGCGUACAAUAUCUGCAUCAACACGGCAUAGCGCAUCGUGAUUUGAAACCCGAAAAUCUACUACUAGACGAGCACGAUAAUAUCAAAAUAUCGGAUUUCGGCAUGGCGACAAUGUUUAGAUACAAAGGCAAGGAACGCUUGCUGGACACCCGUUGCGGCACAUUGCCAUAUGUAGCGCCUGAAGUGCUCGUCAAGCCCUACCACGCACAACCCGCCGAUAUUUGGUCCUGCGGCAUUAUACUCGUCACAAUGUUGGCUGGUGAACUGGCCUGGGAUCAACCUUCCAUUAACUGCCAAGAAUUUAAGAAUUGGACCAAUAAUGAACGCUGGUCAACACAAACGCCGUGGAGCAAAUUGGACACCCUGGCGAUAUCGCUCUUACGGAAAGUAUUGUCCACGAAUCCCACUUACCGGCUGACGCUAGAUAAAAUUCUCGAUCACAAAUGGUGUAACAUGCAAUUCAAUGAAAACGAAAAAUCACACGACCUCGUCGACUCGACGGCCGCACUCGAUAUACACUCGCCGAAAGCCAAACGUUCGCGCAAACAUUCAAGCAAUCAACGUCUCACGAACAACUUCGUCGACGAUACGGUGUCUCGUAAUUAUUGCUCACAACCCAUGCCCACGAUACCCAUAGACCUGACAGACGUGUGCAGUGCACCUGAUGGCGGUGACAAGGACAAUGCAACAGCACAGGAGGGACGCUUCAGUAUCUGUUUCUCGCAACCUGCCCUGCUGGACGAUCUGCUGGUGUGCACUCAAAUGAAUCAUACACAAACGGCAUCGCAGAACGUCUUUCAUCGUUUGGUGCGUCGUAUGACGCGCUUCUUUGUCACCACACGCAGGGAUGAGACCAUUAAACGACUGGUAGCGGCCAUCAAACGUUUGGGUUUCACCUGCAAAGUUGGCGAUGGCGGUGUGGUCACCAUAUCGACUCUCGAUCGGCGAAAAUUACGUUUGGUCUUCAAGGCGUACAUUCUUGAUAUGGACGGCAAGAUUUUGGUGGACUUCCGUCUCUCGAAAGGCUGUGGCUUAGAGUUUAAGCGUCGCUUUAUUAAAAUUAAAGAAUCGCUGGAAGAUAUUGUAUUGCGAGGACCGACGACAUGGCCCAUAGCGAUUGCAACAAAUACUGUGCCUUAAGAAAGUAGUCGUAUCAUGCACAUGAAAGUCGCUGACAGUUACAGUGUAAUUGUGUGGACUUCGUAUUUUUGAACUUUUUGUACUGUACCAAGAGAAAUUAUAGCACUUUUAAUGUAGUCUAGAGUAGUUUUUUGUACUUGAAUCCAAAGUCAACUUCCUAUGCAAAUGUAUACAAAGAAAAUAUGUAUUCUAUUAAAGGCUUUUUUAUUUUAGUGUUAUCGCUGCUCAUUCAUGUGUAUGCUUUAUUAUUGUUUUAUUGUCAUAUCCUCAUUGAAAUUCAUAUUUAGUUUUAGAAAUUGACUUAGUUACUUUUCGGGCUGUAUUAAUUUAUUUAAAAACACAAAAAUGAGACGAAUGUUUGUAUUUAUACACAUUUUAUGGA